AUGUCCACCAUGAGAUCGGAUCGCCAGAUUCUGCGAGAGCAGCUGACGCCCGACGCGCGUGGUUUAAUAGUGGCGAUGGUGGGCCUGCCGGCCAGAGGAAAAUCCUUCAUCUCCCGCAAGUUGGAGCGCUUCCUCAAAUGGGGUGGCAGCAUUACCAAGACCUUUAAUGUGGGAAAGUACCGAAGAGAUGCGGUAGUACCUGAAAGGUCAGGACGGAGCGAGUUCUUUGACAAUCAAAACCCGGACUCCGUGGCUGCCAGAGAAAAACUGGCCAUGACAGCUUUGGCAGAUGCCCUUCAGUUCCUCGAUGAUGGGGGUAAAUUUGCGAUCUUCGAUGCAACGAACAGUACUGUUGCAAGACGAAAAUCCAUUGCAGAUCAGGUGAAAGCCCAUGGGCACUACAGCUUGAUCUGGGUGGAGGCAGUUUGCGAUGAUGAUGAGGUGGUGAGGUUCAACAUGCUCACCAAGGUGAAAUACAGUCCAGACUUCAAAGACAUGUCUGCAGACCAGGCAAUGGCCGAUCUCACCGCGAGAAUAAACAGGUAUUCAGAAAUCUACGAGACCAUACAGGAUUCCGAGGGCGCGUUCAUCAAGCUAUUCAACCUGUCGAGCAAGGUUAUGGCAAAUCACUGCUAUGGCCGUGUGGCAAAGAGCAUAUUGCCAUAUUUGAUGGCAAUCCACAUAGGUUCUCGACCAAUUUGGCUAACGCGGGCGGGACCUGGUUCUACAAAAGGUCAAGCUGGCAGUGAUCGAGAUUCCACCCUUUCCGAGGAAGGUGAGCAGUUCGCGAGGAACCUUGCAGAAUUCGUGCAGAAGCGCUCGCGGCGCUACUGGGAAUCCUCUGGAAACCCGCAGGAGCAGACAAAGGUGUUUACAAGCACAAUGCCCCGCGCUGUCGCAUCGGCUGCAUACACCGGGGUGGUUGCUGACAAGCGUUCAGCCUUCAACCCGAUCGACAAGGGUGUUCUGGGGGCCGGCUGGUGGGAUGUGGAAUGUCCAGACGAUCUGCCUCCAUGGAGAGAGGUAGAGAAGCGCCAUCCCGAGUUCAUGGAUCAGUGGCUCAAAAACCCUUUGCUUUGUCACUUUCCGGGUGGUGAAAGUUAUCUGGAUGUCAUCAUGCGAUUGGAGGGUGUUCUGAUUGACGUCGAAAUGUGCACUUCACCAGUCCUCAUA